CUGUAUAAGGCAUAGGGUUCUACCAGAGUCGUAGUUGCACACGAUUACGGUCUCUAGCAAGCUUGCAGAGUCAUUGCCAACACAACUUUUCCUUGAUGACUCAAUUCCAGUAAGUGUAUUUGAAUAUUGAUCACCGGGGAUGAGAGCAGGUGUCUUAAUUGAUGUGAUUUCUGAGAUGUGAUCAAUGUAUAAACAUCAGGUUGCUCGAUCUGUCCGAUCAUUCUGAUAUCGUUUUCGAAGAGUCGCGGAAGAUAGGAUGAGGGCAAUUCUUUUGAUUUUUCUAGCGGUAUCGUGUGUUUUUUCUAUUGCAAAUGCAAGACACACUGCAGGACUAGACCGUCGUAGAGUUAUUCAGCAAAUGAACGACAACCUGACAUUUUCGUCUCUUGCGACGGACAAAGUGAAACCACACUUACCGAGUGCAGUCAGCAAUGAUUCUCGUCAGAACAACGAGUCGAAAGUUUUGGCAUCACAUCGACGUUUUGGUGUUGCGAGUAAGCGUGUUAGCUCUCCGAGAACGGGUCGCACUCUUUUGCACACCGGAACGUCCAACAGCUGCUCUGCGAGACUCUAUAUUGUUACUCUGCGUCACGGAGAUUGCUCGCGACGGGUGGAAACUGCGAUGUGUUAUGGAACGUGUGAGAGCUACACGAUUCCUGACGCUUCGAGGUUGCUUUCUUCUACGGCGUCGGCACAGCGUCGUGUUCUGCGUUCGUGCUCCUGUUGCUCUCCGCUCGGACAUAUUGUGAUGAAGAAGUAUCAUUUGUAUUGUGACGUUGACGGACGCAGAAGCAAGAAACUGUUCUUCGUUCCUCGAGUGGGCAAAUGCAGAUGUAGGCCUUGUAGGGAACUGUGA